AAUUGUUCGCGAUAAUAGGUUUUAAAUUUAUUUUUCUCACUUCUUGUUUAAAGCAUGAGUAUUCCGGUUUUUAUUGAUUUGGAGCCGAUAAAUCAGUUAUCGGAACUGCGGAGUUAUUUGAGAAGUAAGAAUGUGGAUAUCGAGGAAGAGGUCCCGGAGAAUGUCUUCCUUGAAGAAAAUCUCUUCCAAGUCAUCACCUGCUCCGAACAACUUUGGAAGGAACAAGUCAAUGAAUCCGAAGUUGAGUCGAUUUUCAACAGUAUAAUCAGUUUAAGUAUAGUCUUACCGCAUGAACAGAUUGAACCAGCUGUCAGUGCCCUCUGCCAGCAACUCAAAAAGCCACUACCUAUUGGGGAUAAAAGAAACGCCUCCAAAUUAAAACUCUUGAACAACUUGUUCAUUGGCCUAGAUGAAACCUCCCAGCUUAGAUACACAACCUAUUUAUCUCUCAUCCAAUUGGCUGGCCAAACUGACCUACUUAACCUCGUUAACAUAAAAUUGGAUGAUGUGAAGAAGUGGAUGAAGUUGUGGCAGUUAGAUACGCCCCAAUAUCAGGCUCUACUCAGGGUUCUACAUGAGAUGUUCACCUCCACUAAAAAAACUGACCAGGCCUCGAAAGUGAUGAUAGAACUGUUGGGAACGUACAAUGAAGAGAACGCUGCCCAAGCCAGAGUCGAUGCCAGGAGGUGCAUAGCGACCUGCAUAGCUGACCCUUCUGUUUUGUUAUUGGAUCAUUUGUUACUGCUUAAGCCCGUUAAAUUUUUAGAAGGAGAGCCAAUACAUGAUCUUGUGACUAUAUUUGUGUCUGGAAAGUUGAGCCAGUAUUUAUCAUUCUAUGAAAAGCAUAAGGAUGUCAUUUCCUCCAAUGGUUUGAAUCACGAGGACAACAAGCAGAAGAUGAGACUACUCACCUUUCUGUCAUUGGUCGAAGGAAAGAAUGAAGUGACCUAUCAGGCUGUCCAAUCAGAGCUUCAACUGGAAGACAACCAAUUAGAACCUUUCAUUAUUAAUGUAAUCAAAAGCAAGGCAGCUAAAGUGAAAUUGGUGCAAACUCAAAAGAAAAUUGUUGUUAACAGUUCUAUAAAUAGAACUUUCGGAAAGCCCCAAUGGCUGCAGCUCAAAAAUCAAUUGAUUACAUGGCAGACGAAUUUGAACCUGGUGGCCAAUGGCCUGCAGGGCAUUACCGCCAAAGUUUAAAAAUAACUCGUUCGGGAGUUUUCAAAUCUGAAAACUGAAACCGAAACUUUUAUUUAGUUGGUUAUUUUUAUCGAGUUCUGAUUUUAUUAAUAAAUUAUUUUCAAAAAAGUGAAUAAAUAAGUGCUAUGGCUCGUAAUAAA